AUGACAAGAGAUAGAAACAUAGGGGUGGCCGUCGAUUUCUCAAGGGGAAGCAAGAUUGCUCUGAAAUGGGCUAUCGAUAAUCUGGCUCAUGAAAAGGGUGACACCUUGUAUGCUAUCCAUGUCAAGCCCUCUCAGGGCGAUGAGAGCCGCAACCUUCUUUGGUCCACCACCGGAUCACCUCUGAUUCCAUUGGCGGAGUUCCGUCAAAAAGCGGUGAUGGAGAACUAUGAAGUCGAGGUCGAUCCGGAGGUCUUGGACUUGCUUGACACUGCACACAGGCAGAAACAUGUGACGGUGGUGUCAAAGCUUUACUGGGGUGAUGCGAGAGAGAAACUUUGUGGGGCAGUCGAAGAUCUAAAGCUUGACUGCUUGGUCCUUGGAAGCAGGGGCCUUGGUACCAUCCAAAGGGUGCUGCUGGGAAGUGUGUCCAGCUACGUUAUGGCAAAUGCAACCUGCGCCGUCACCAUUGUCAAGGAUCACAGUGCUUAA